GGACGGGGACACUUUUUCCAGCGCCGACCUCACUGAAGCUGUCGGCCAAUCAGAGCACCUGUGCGCCAUCACGGUGAGCCGCGAGACUGCCAAACUCUUUCAGCCUUGCUGUGUGUGUACCUUGGCCUGUACCCAAAGACGUUGUCGCGACAUACACCAUCAACAUCCCCCACAACAAUCUUCACCAGACUACCGCCCAUCAUGUCGACCGAUCCCAAGAUCCAGGAGCUUCUCACCAAGUCGCGCAACGAGUUGACCGAGUACGAGAUCGCACAGCUCGAAGAGCACGAGUUCAGCGCCGGACCCCUCUCCAUCCUCCAGACCGCCGUCCGCAGCCACACCCAGGUCCUCAUCUCCAUCAGAAACAACCGAAAGCUCCUUGCGCGCGUCAAGGCCUUUGACAGACACUGCAACAUGGUUCUCGAGAACGUCAAGGAAAUGUGGACAGAGACGCCGCGUCUUGCGAAUGGCAAGAAGGGUCGUCCUGUGAACAAGGACCGCUUCAUCAGCAAGAUGUUCCUCCGUGGUGAUAGCGUCAUUCUGGUGCUUUUGAGCUGAACGAACUCAACGAUCGUGAACGCGAAGGGGUUGAGUGUGCUAGUCUUUGUAAACGGCCCUCUAUGAUAAACGUCUGGACCACGUAUAAGAACGCUGGGGGUCAAGAAAACGGGGAGAACGGGAGACUACAUUAUCCGGCCAUAUGAAGAAAUAUGCCUCAGCGAAAUGAACUGGGAGCCUGAAUGAGAUAUAUGGUACUGGGGCUUGCCGUACCCUAUCGUAUGAGAGAGGCGGGGGGGAGAGCAGCGGACGAACCAAAAACUUGAGCGGAACAAGUUUCGCAUAAAUACCCACGGUAAAGUGGUUUCUGUUUCAAAACGGGAUGAGAUAGGCGUUGAAGAUAAAAUGGAUCAUUUGGGUUCUUUUCA